AAAUUUCUUCAGUUACAAUGUUAAUAAGAUAUCAUAAAUAGCAGGAAGAAAAAGAUGGAGAGGUUCCAUGGGUUCUGCAUCUGUAUACAGCUGAAAGAUUAUCAUCAUUUGGAGAGGUGGCACUAAUGAAUAACAAACCACUCCAGGCCUCUGUCCGUGCUGUGACAAGUGGAACUCUUUGGGCUUUAAAAAGGGAAGAUUUUCGAGGAAUUCUUACGUCAGAAUUUUCAAAUUUAUCAUCAUUGAAGUUGCUUCGAUCAGUAGAUCUGCUCUCGAGGUUGACAAUCCUACAGCUGAGUCACAUUGCAGAAUCUCUUUCUGAAGUUUCCUUUUCUGAGGGGCAGAUAAUAGCUGAUAGGGAUGAGGCUUUCUUGGGAUUGUACAUUAUCAAGAAGGGACAAGUUAGAAUUACUGUUGAUUACAUUACGGAGAAGUAAUUUGAUUCUGACGAUACAAUUGCAGCAAAUAAAAGCUCUUCUUCAGAGUGUUGGGACUUCUUUCUGCCCUGAUUAUUUAGACUGGUUUGGAAAUGGUGCAACUGAUUCACAUUCCAGAAAUGCUGAUCAAUUUGUUCUUUCAAAAUUUUUACAAGCACAUCCUGCUGAUUUUUCUACCACUAAAUUGCA